AUGGACGACGAACGAGCUCCUCUGCUAGUACCCGGCAACGCCGAGGAAGCGGCCGCAGCUGUCAGCCAGCCGCCUAUCUGGAAGCGGAAGCGAGCCAUCGCCUGGUCACUUGUUGCCAUGAUUCUCGCGAUUGCUGCCGCAAUCUUCAUCUUUGUUCUUGUUCGCCCAGGCAGCACCCAUGGGGGGCGCCGUUACCCUGGCGAAUCCAUAGUCUGGAAGCCGUGCGGUGAGGCUGACGGCAAACCACUCGAGUGCAGCUCCAUCCACGUGCCCAUGGAUCAGUUCGAUGCCACGGCGUCCGGCGACAAGACCUUUUACAUUCCCCUGAUCCGACGCCGCGGCAGCGCGAAUGCCACCACCAACAUCCUCCUCAACCCUGGCGGGCCCGGCGGCAGCGGCAUCGGUUUCAUGAAGCGCAAGGGCGGCCCUAUCCACACAAUCGUCGGCGAGGAUAAGUUCCACCUGCUAUCGUUUGAUCCCCGCGGCAUAGCGGACUCACGCCCCCGUGGAGAAUGCUUCAAGAAUAGCACAAGCCGGCGGAUGCUCCUGUCAGCGGAGACAGGCGAGCCAGCGCAGGACGCAAAACUAUGGAGCGAAACAGGCAAUGUGAUGCGUGCCUGCGCGGACAACAUGGGCGAUUUUGGGCCGCACAUCAACACACCCCAGACGGCGGCAGACAUGAAUUCGAUCCUGGAUGCUGUCGGGCAGGACAACCUCUAUUACUGGGGCUUUAGCUACGGCACCGCGCUGGGGCAGACGUACGCAACGCUCUUCCCAGAUCGAUCGGAGCGUGUCGCGGUGGAUGGCGUCGUGGACGACGUUCUCUGGUACGACGAACUUCUCAUGGCGACGGACUUUGUGGAUACUGGGAAUUGCUUUUCGGGUUUCUUCGAUGAGUGUGUCAAGGCUGGCAACAAGUGUCCAUUACACUUUGUCGCCGACGAAAAGGCCGAAUUGCAGCGCAACGUGACGGACUUUAUCGAGAGCCUCAGGGACGAACCAGCAUCCGUCUACAUAAACAGCACAUUCUUCGGUACUAUUGAAUAUAAGACCGUCAUGGGUGCCGUCUUUUCCGCCAUGUACGCACCCAAGAGCUGGUACCUGUUGGCCGACAACCUCGCGCAGCUGAUGCAGGGCAACGGUACUGGGGCGCUCAUUGCUUGGGGUGGCCUCGACGACUCGGACGGCGAUGUUGGGGCUGAGGCUGGGCUCUUUGUCGAGUUCAACGACGCACCUGCGGGCACGUCGCGCUGGCCCGCCAAGAAGCGCGAGGUGCUCGACAUCGUCCUGCCGUUCGUCGAAAAGUUCCUGCCCUACAGUGCUAGUAACGUCGGGCAUUACAUGAGAAGGGCACAGUGGCGCAUCCCCAAGGCCCACGACUUCCGAGCAGCGCGCCACAACGUGACAACAAAGCACCCGCUACUGGUGCUCUCGACCACGUACGAUCCAAUUUGUCCGCUUGUCAACGCCAAGGUUGCCCGAGAGUCGUUUGUCGGCGCCAAGCUGGUAGAAGUGAAGGGCUAUGGCCACUGCUCGCUCGCGAUCCCGUCAACCUGCGCGGCGCGCAUCGUGCGCGAUUUCUUCGCCACUGGUAAGCUGCCGGAGGAGGACCACACAAAGUGCGCGGCUGAGGGACCGUACUUUAUCAGCCCGAACGACUCUAAGACAAGCAAGCUUAGUCUGCAAAGCUCGAGCAAUGAUGGGCUCCUAGAGGCACUGACAAUGCUGACGGAUGCGAUUAAGCCUGUUCGUAAAGCAUUCUUUUAA